AUGAAUCUAAAUGCAAACCAAGAGAACUUUCUCUUCACCAAUGAUAAUCGUAAUUUGCUACGCUAUUCUUAUUUAGUCGACGAGGUCACUCCUCGACGUGAUGAAUUAUAUCAAACGGAACAACAAAAUAAUGGAUCUAUUGACGUUUGGUCUAAUUUCAUCGGGGGAUUCAACCUUCCUAUAGUAAAUGAAGAAAACGCUUUGCUCGAUUUAGAUCGCAGCUUUGAUUCCGAUAUCCCAAACAUAGAAGUUGAGUCGGUUGAAUCCAAUUUACAACCUAAUCCCUCAACCACUAAUGAAGUGCCACAGAUUGAACAAGAGAAUUUUUUCUUUAUUGAUAAUCAUCAUAACUUGCUACGCUAUUUUUAUUUAGUCGAUGAGGUUACUCCUCGACUUGAGGAAUUUCAUUAUACGGAACAACAAAAUAAUGAAUCCAUUGACAUUUGGUCCGACUUCAUCAGAGGAACCGAUCUCUCUAUAGUAAAUGAAGAAAACUUUUUGCUCGAUUUAGAUUGUAGCUUUAAUUCCGACAUCCCUUUGAUCCAGAUGUCCCGAUAG